AUGGCUGCACGUCGUUUUACAAGGAAAGAGAUCGAAGCACGUAACCAUCGCGGCGAUGCAGCUAUAAUCAUUGACAACAUCGUUUACGAUAUAACUGGUUUUCUUGAUGACCAUCCAGGCGGUGUAGAGGUUUUGCUAGACAACGCAGGAACUGAUGCCACUAAAUGCUUCCGUGAUGUUGGACACAGUGACGAUGCCUAUACAUGGCGUGAGCAGUACGUCAUGGGAGAGGUUGUGGAGGAAGAAAAAUUGCCAGUGGAGCCUCGUGAUAAGCAGCUGGAUACGACGCGGGAGCCGCUUUCGUUUGGAGCGCUUGUAGGAGUUGCACUGCCUCCUAUUGGUCUUGCGGUUGCGUCUGCGCUUCUAUACUUCUACCUCUUUGGGUAG